UUGAGAUUUGACAGUGACAACAAGCCAAUUCACGAUUUCAGUUUCAUUUUGAUUAACUGUGCAGCCCUAAGCCAUAUAUUGAUCUGCUUUUGAAUAUAAUCUAACUGUACUUAACAGUUAACAAUACUUAUGAACUUUACUUCUUGCAGAGGAAUCUCUAGAAUGGGAGAUUGAAAAAGUGGAGAAAUCCAUGGUCAACAUGGAGUGGCUGGAGGACUUGCAGAAGAUCGUUGAUGAGUUCCAGGCCAAUAUGGCAUUCAAUGUGAGCCGCCUUCGAGAGAGCUUCAGAAAAAUGCAGGAGGUUGCCUCGAAAAAAGUUCUGACCGUGAAGGCUAAAGGUAAGUUAAUGUACACACACACCUUCAUUCAAAGCAUAUUUGAAUCACUUUGGUUGCAGUGUGAUCUAAAAUGGUGUGUCAAGGUAGCUUACAGUGUAAAAUGUGUUGGUUUUCAGGUAAACCAAGAAAAGAUCUGGAUGCCAAAACAGUUAAAAGCAUUCAGUCUCUGCCGACUUGUCCCACGGUAGCACAAUUGAAGGAAAAUUCAACUGUUGCAUCAACAUACUCAUCAAACCUGAUCAAUGCCUUGAAUAACAUCGCCAAAUCACCCUCCUGCAGUCCAGCCACAAGUAAGGCACUAAAACUAUCAGCAGCGACCAUUGAAAACCUCAACAAGGCAUUUCAAGAUCACUGCUUGGAAAUUAAGACUCUCAAGACACCUCAGAAACAGAGCAAGGUGAUUCAAGAUGUGAACAGAGAAAUCUUAGUUUCUCCUGUGCACCAAAAUAGAUCUGCAGGUCAGCAGCAGAAGGUGCAGAAAUUGCCUGCCUUUCCUGUGAAACCCAAGGCAGAUGCUUUUGGUUUCCCUCAGGUCAAAGAGCUUGUACGGGAGACAAAUGUCGAAGUGUUGCCUUUAGAUAGACCAGUGGUAACAUUAGACACAGCUCCAAAAGACCUCCAGAGUCCAUCUGCUGAUGGCCCGUUUCCUCCUGGCCUUGACAGGACUUUUGCUCUCCCCAAGGUCACACGAUCUGUCGAGGAGACAAAAGUUUCCACAGAGCAAGAGGCAAACGUCAAAUCAUUUGAAGAGACACAAGUUGAUGCAGAGACAAUGGAGAGAACAGAGACAUCAUUUGAAGAGACGAUGGCUCAGAAAAACCUUAAGUGUCCAUUUCUUCAUAGCUUCCAUCGUCCGUCCCCCGUCAGAUCUUCUGCUCUUCCUCAGAUUUUGCAGUCUGUGGAGGAACCAGAAGUUGAUACGGAGACAAUGGAGAUAACAGAGACACCAUUUGAAGAGACUAUGGUUCAGGAAGACCUCCAAAGUCCAUUUCCUCGUAGCUUCCAUCGUCCGUCCCCCGUCAGAUCUUCUGCUCUUCCUCAGAUUUUGCAGUCUGUGGAGGAACCAGAAGUUGAUACGGAGACAAUGGAGAUAACAGAGACACCAUUUGAAGAGACAAUGGUUCAGGAAGACCUCCAAAGUCAAUUUCCUCAUAGCUUUCAACGUCCAUCCCUCGACAGAUCUUUUGCUCUUCCUCAGAUUUCACAGUCUGUAGAGGAGACAAAAGUUUGUGCUAUGUCAGCGGAAGAACGUCAGAGUCUGUCUUCUGUCCACACCCAUCCUUCCUCGUCUGUGAAACUGCCCAAAAUUCAGACUCAAGUAAAGCCUUCACUUCAGAAGUCUGAGAAACCCGAGCCUCGCAAAUAUGAUUCUGCAGUCUCGGGCAGCAUUGAGGAGCAGUACAAGAAGAACAGCGAGGAGGACGGAGACAAACUGCUUCAUGCAAGCAUGAGAGAACCAUCAUUCAUAAUUGACAUCAAAGCUCAAGAAAACAACCUCCAGAAGCUGGAUCGAGCUUUUCAAAAGAACAACAUUUCCUCUGAAAUGUAUAACCUGUGCAGAGGAACCGUCAAUCAGACACUUAAGAGUGUUGAGCUGCGUCUCGGAUGUCUUUUACGGAGAUACAUCAAACAUGUCCAAAUGAAGCAAUUAAGGAAGACGCUCGAUGGAAAUUUCAAGGCGACCAGAAAUUUAAGGGAUGGACUGGAGUUCAAAAAAGUCCAUUCUCAGCUCUGCAAGUUUGACCGUUUCCAGCAGAGUGUAAACAAAAUCUGGGACGCCAAGCAAGCCUCCACCGAUGAGACACGAGGACUCUGCAUCGCACGGACGGCCCAUUUAUACCAGCAGGUGAAUGCGGUGCAUGGCCUACAUCUGGCAGGCAUAUCAUUUGAGCAAAGGCAUGUAUCACUGCCUCUGAUCACUGUGACACCCGUGCGGUUCAGCUCCAAUCUGCGUCCAUCUCCUCCUCGGGGACCGCGAACUUCACCCAGCAGAGCCAGUCCAGCACGUCAUCCUCAAAUCCACCCCAAACCUCUGCACCACACGACCAGGAACACACCAGGCAGUUUCCUGAAGAUCAGUCACAUUCAAUAAUGAUGGCCAGUGUCAACAUAAUGGCUUGUAUCUGAACCCAAGAAGAGAUUAUUGAAAUGUCACAAAGAUAAAACAAAAGCGAGGACGCAUCAGGAACAGACUCUGGAUAAAACAGAAGCACCGGCCUGUAGACAUAGGAAGAUGGUUUCAUUUACAUUUGUUACACUGCACUC